AUGGCAAUGGGCAAUGUUGGUGUGGCCUACGAACUUACGAAAGAUAUCGUGAGCGCUUUGAGUUGGUACGAGCGCGCUUUACACGAAAUAGUUUCUUCUCCUGACACCGUUUACCCGGAUGGCUUAACAGCUCAGAUGUCCUUUAUGCAUCUCAUGGUACACAUUGUUCGGGCCAAGCUUAGUGCCUGCGUGUGGGCAAAUGCAGAAGACGAAUUUUCACUUCUCUGGACGAUGGUUACUACCCUGCAGACAGCUACAGAUGCUCGCUAUGCCUUCACACCAUUUGAUUCUUUGCUGCACGCUAUGUCACCACUAGACAGAAGGUCGGUAGCACUGACCAGUCUCAAUGUGGGAUAUUUAUCGUACGAUUUCUCGGAUCAUCCGACGACGCAUCUAAUGGAAGGUAUUUUCGCAACCAGAGAGCGGGGCUCGAUUAAGACGGUAGCUUUCGGGUAUGGGCGAGACGAUGGUAGUGCAGUUCGCCAGAGAGUCAUCGACAAGGUCGAUCGGUUCUUUGACCUAUCCACGGCUUCUUUUGAGGAGAGUGCCAAGAUGAUUCGUGCCGAGCAUAUCCACAUUCUUAUGGAUGCACAAGGUCACACUCGAGGAGGUCGCAUGCAAAUCGCUGCAGCGCGACCUGCUCCGAUUGUGGUCAAUUAUCUCGUGUAUCCUGGAACUUCAGGUGCGCCGUUUGUGGACUACGUGAUCGUGGACAAGUACGUGGUGCCGCCUGCUGAGCUGGCAACUGCAUUCACCGAGAAGCUUGUGAUACUUCCCAACUGCUACCAAGUCAACUACUACGACCAAAUUCUCGCUUCAUCCGAAACGAUUUCACGGCGUUCCGAUUUGUGGGAUAUUGCGAAACAUGAAGGCGGAGACGAGGGGUUUGUGUUUGUGAAUUUCAACAAGAUCGACAAGCUAAAGGCGUCGUUAUUCAGCACGUGGAUGUCCACUUUACGACGUGUGCCUCGGAGCUCUCUAUUACUGCUGGACCCGGGGAGAAAUGAGCUGGGAGAUGAUGUCACCGAAUCCGUUACGAGUCGUGAAAUCAAGAAAAACUUAUGGAAGGAGGCACAGGCCCAAGGAAUCUCAAGAGGAAGAGUCCGAUUUGUGUCCAGGAUUCCAAAGGCCGAACAUCUUCUACGCCACCACGUCGGAGGCCUUUUCCUCGAUACAUUUAUUUAUGGGGCGCAUUCGACUGCGACCGACGCACUUUACGCAGGACUCCCAGUUAUCACCCUAGCAGGCGACUCCUUCGCAAGGUACAUGUACCUUGCAAUGACCCCGUCCGUUCUCUCACGAUUGCAACGUCGACUCCGAAGUGACAAGGCCGAAUUGGAGCAGCCUCUUUUCCGCACAAAGCAGCACACGCAGCACCUGGAACAAAGUCAACGUCUCAUGUAUGAAGUGUACAGUCUCACAAAUCGAACUUUUCAUCUGGUGGUUUGA